AUGUANUAAGGCAAAAUUAAGGAAAUUAUUUAAUGUUGGAAUAAUGGAAUAAACAACAAUAAGGAUAAUAUCUUCUUUUACCAAGAGAAAAGUAUUUUAAAGUUAAAUUCUAUUAGUUAAAGCGUUAGAAAGAUAUGGCACAUUCUAAGAAAUUAUAAAUUGUUGGGAUUUAGGAAUUUCAUAUAAUGGUGGUGACAUAGCUUUCUAUGAAUAAAAAUGUAAAUAAUCAAAAUAUCAUCAUCAAUAUAGCCUAAGCUUUAAAAAGUAAAGGGAAAUGUUAUGAAGUGAUUUAGCUUUGGAAUUAAGGAGUUGAAAGGAAUAAAACUUCUGUUGAAUUUUAUGAAAAAAAAGGUCAAGUUUAAUUAAAAUUAUUUAGUUCGAGUCUUACAGUAAAAUGGUUAGAUUUCAGAAGUUAAUUAGUGCAUAGAAAAUGGGAUUUAAUUGAAUUAAACUAAAUACUAAUUUUAUUAUUUAAAGGGUAAAGGUUAACUUUAUUCGUUUAGCUUCAAAUUUAAUAAAAUAACAUAAAUGGGAAGAAGCAAUUUAAGUUUGGGAUCAAGGAAUAUAAAUAAAUGGAGAUUCCUAUGAAUAUUAUGAUGGGAAAAGUAUUUGUUAUUUAAAAAUAAGGUAAAUGUCUAGAAAAAUAAGGAAAAUAUUAAGAAGCAAUAUAAUGUUUAAAAGAUGCAACCACCCUUAAUAUUAACAAAAAUGCAUAUUAUACUUCACUAAGUAAUGAGAUAGAAUAUUGAUAGUAAAUGUUCUAACUAAAUAAAAAGAAUGGUUAUAAACUAUUAUGCAAUGUGAUCAAGCAAAUAAAGUACGUUAAGGCAAGACCCUAUUAUUUUAAGAUAAAAAACGUAUUUUAAAUGUUUAUUUUAGUUGCUUCUUUAGAGUCACUCAAUUUAAUAAAACAAGCAAUAUAAUGUUAUCGCCUAAAAGACGACAACAAAUUUUUAAGAUAGAUCCUUUAAAAUUAAUUAUGA